AUGACCCCUGUACUGGUCAUCCACUACUUUUGCCCACACAUUCCAUCGUCUUCCCGCCACCAAUGGGUUCCCAGCCUAAUGGCGUCUUCGAGUUGCCAUCCGAACACUGGCGGGUGGGCCAUGGCUCCUAGGGGGCUGGGGUCAAAGACGGGGAGCGACUUGAAUGGGGAGGGGAUGUUCAUGUCGUUUGCAAUGUCGAAUUUUGCUCCUUUCAGCUUCAAGUGGUUUUGCACACAACCAUUUUGUGGUGUUUUAGAGGUAGGGGUAGAGAGCGGCAAGGGCGAGAGGGAGGGAGAGGUUGAAUACACAGCUGAGAGUCAGAGUCUUUGUCCAGACAUACCUUCUGUGGUAGGAGGUGUUUCGAAAAAGUAUGAAUCAGGAGAUGCGCUCAGCGGUGGUCGAAUCCUCUCCCAUAGGGCCCCACAAACAAAGACGAUGCAAAAGUCAACUUGUGCCUUUCAAAGUUCGCCAUGGCUACAGGUGGAAGACACUUCCUUGGGUUUUGAAAGGGCAUACUUGGGGCAUACAGACGUCAAUUCCUGGAUCACAGGGGCAGAGGUACCCGGAGACGAUGGAAAUGAGUCGAUGAUACAGUGA